UAUAACCGCAGUCGUGAACAAUGCACGGUCACUCAACGUUUUACAAGAUAACGUGAUAACUGUGUAUGGUGUAGGAUUCAGAAUGGUUUGUUGCAUGUGUUCCCGAUCGGUCCAAAUAUUGUCCCGACAACUGAAACUUUCCCAGCUCCGUGUAUUUCACAUCACAAACAAAGAUGCAGUCCCUCCUAAAGCAUCGGGCGUCCGCAGCGUCAGCAGUUUCCUCUUUGACAAGGCUUUUGUUGAUGGGCAGUGGGUCACAGCUAAGUCAGGCUCGGUGUACCAAAUCACCAACCCGUCAACAGGCAAGACGAUUGGUUCUGUCCCUGACAUGAAUGCAGAUGACACACAACAGGCCAUAGAGAAAGCUAAUGCUGCAUUCCUCAGGUGGAGGGAGACCACAGCAAAGGAACGGAGCUUGAUUCUCAGGAAGUGGUUUGAUCUGACCAAUCAGAACAAGCUGGAGUUGGCUAAACUACUGACCACUGAAAACGGCAAACCUUUGAAAGACGCCUUGUUUGAGAUCAACAACGCUGGUGAGUUUAUCGAGUGGUAUUCGGAGGAAGCCCGGCGCGUGUAUGGUGACGUCAUUCCAUCAACAGCUGCCAGCAAGAGGAUGCUGGUCUUGAAACAACCCAUUGGUGUUGCCGGCAUGAUCACUCCUUGGAACUUCCCCAGUGCAAUGCUCACAAGGAAGGCAUGUGCGGCCAUUGCUGCCGGCUGUUCCGUUGUCUUGAAACCAGCAGAAGACACCCCGUUCUCAGCUCUGGCCAUGUGUCAGCUGGCGAAGGAGGCAGGACUUCCGGACGGAGUGUUGAAUGUGGUGACCAGUUCACGGGACAAUGCGCCCUCUGUUGGCAACACACUGUGCACCAGCCCCAUCAUCAAGAAGAUAUCGUUCACAGGCUCCACGGCAACAGGGAAGAUUCUCCUCCAGCAGUCAGCUUCUACAGUGAAGAAAGUCUCCCUGGAGCUGGGCGGCAACGCGCCGUUCAUUGUGUUCGACAGUGCCGAUAUUGAGGCAGCGGUCAGAGGUACCAUGGUCAGCAGGUUUCGAUGUAGUGGACAAACGUGUGUGUGUGCCAACAGAAUGUUGGUUCAGGAAGGAGUGUAUGACCAAUAUGUUGCACGCCUUGCUGAAGUCAUGAAGCAAGAACUGAAGGUCGGGGACGGCCUUGACGACGGCACUACUCAGGGACCUCUCAUCAACAGCAAGGCUGUGGACAAGGUAGAAAGCAUAGUGGAGGAUGCCAAGAGACUAGGCGCAGGGCUGGUAUAUGGAGGCAAGCGAUCAGACAAGGGAGAUAACUUCUUCGAGCCGACUCUUCUCACCAAUGUCACUGUGGAAAUGAGAUGUGCUAAAGAGGAAAUAUUUGGACCAGUUGCUCCAGUUAUCAAGUUCAAGACAGAGGAGGAGGCAGUUGCCAUGGCAAACACGUCAAAUUCUGGCUUGGCAGGAUAUUUCUACUCACAAAACUUUAGCCAGAUAUGGCGGGUGGCAGAGAAGUUGGAGGUUGGCCUCUGUGGAGUAAAUGAUGGUCUCAUCAAUGCCCCAGAGGCGCCAUUUGGUGGAGUGAAGGAGUCAGGGCUUGGCAGAGAGGGCAGCAAAUACGGAAUUGAUGAUUAUCUUGAGAUCAAAUAUGUCUGUCUUGGGGGCAUAUAGAUGUCAUAUUAUUUUAAAACCUGUUCAAGAAACAUGUCAUUGGUGCUCUGCAUAUAAAUCCUUUGGAUUAUAUACAUGAAUGGUGCAUAACUUCAUUAUUCCAAGAUUCGCAAGGUCUUUUCCUUUGCUAACAUAUUUACUCAAGGUCCCAAACCUUUAGAGGUUUGUAAUUCUUUGAACUUAAUUUUUACACUGAGGUCCAAAACUAGAGAUCUUCUGGACCCCUAAUAACUACCUUUAAAGGUCCUUACAUGAUGUGUUGGGUCCUGUGAAGUGAAAACAUGGUGUAAUGGUAUUUCUUUAAGAUUACAUACAAUAACAUCAUGAUUCUUCUAAAAAAAUUGCUCCAAUUGAAAUUUUUGUACAUCCCUCUUGACCCGAAACAUUUUGGAAAUAUAUUGGAUGCACAUUUCUGCAUGUAAAUUCCUGUGUGUCUCACCAUUUUUAGCGUCAAAAUGAAACAACUGAAAUAACAAAUAUAUUAUUAGUUUUUAGUUCCACAUGGAUUUACAUGAGAAGUAACUUUAAUGGUGUGCAAUGUAUACGUUUUAUUGCAUGUAAUCAGGGUAAUAUUGAUAAUCAAGUGUGCCAAACCAGAUAAACAGCAGCAUGAUACAAGCCCCUUUUUAUACAUGAAAAGUAUAUUGAUUGUGAUAUGAAUCAACCUUCAGUAUAUAGUAGUGAAGUAUGUGCAUUCCUGUCGUAUCUGAAUAGAGAAAUAACAGCCCCUUGUAAUUGACUUAUGAACCAUAAUUGUCAUAAUUGGACAAAUUGUCAUAUUGAAAAAUCUGAUGGUCUGUUGGUCAUAUUCCUCCCUUACCUACGUUUCCCUUAGUGCAACUGAGGAUUGCAGUAAGGGUCACCUUGGUGGACAAAUGCUAGUGUUGAUUAUGUCAACAUGUUGUGCAUAUUGGCUCAGACUACACAUUGUUGGAAAAAAACUUUAUAGCCUCUUGAAUAGUACAACUAUUCGUUGCUAGCUAUGGGGUUGAGUGGUAAUCAGAAUAUUUUCUUUACUGGCACAGUGAACACGGCAAUAAAACGAUUUAGCAAUGUA